AAAUAAAAACUGGAACAACUGCUUCAUUUUCGAUUUAUACAUCUAAAAACUUGGAGAGACUCUGGUAAAAUGCUAAAACAAAAUUUACCAGUCUCAUCGUCGAGCAUGUUCGUAAGACAGUUCGUUAGAGCAAAGUCGAACGUUGCAAGUUCUACAUCAGCUUUGGCUUAUAAGACUUUACAUCGUAAUCAAAAAAGGCCACCAUUACCAACUUUAGAUACUCCAAAUUGGUCAGCAGAUGCAGCUGUUAGUUCCAUCUUAUAUGAAACUCCAGUUCCUUCCAGAGCUCCUAGAAAGCAACAUGUGUUAAACUGUUUAGUUCAAAACGAACCUGGUGUUUUAAGUAGUGUAUCUGGUACUUUAGCUGCCAGAGGAUUUAAUAUUGAUUCAUUAGUCGUAUGUAAUACAGAAGUUAAAGAUUUAUCUCGUAUGACUAUUGUAUUGGAUGGACAAGAUGCAGUUAUUGAGCAAGCUAGAAGACAAAUAGAAGAUUUAGUUCCUGUUUAUGCUGUAUUGGAUUAUACAAAUGCUGAAAUUAUUAAGAGAGAAUUAUUAUUAGCAAGAGUUUCAUUAUUAGGACCUGAAUAUUUCCAAGAAUUAAUUGCUACCCAUAAAUUACAUAUUAGUGAUGGAGCUUCAAUUCCGGAUUUAACGGCUGCUGAUUCAGCUUUUCACCCAAACAAUUUAGCACCUUCUGAAGCUUUAAGACAAAAACAUAAGCAUUUAGAUCAUGUUAAUACUAUUACUGAAAAAUUCGGUGGUAGAAUUGUUGAUAUUAGUGACAGAAAUGUUAUUGUUGAAUUAAGUGCUAAACCAUCUAGAGUUUCUGCUUUUAUAACAUUAUUACAUCCAUUUGGUAUUUUAGAACUUGCUAGAUCUGGUAUGAUGGCGUUACCAAGAACUCCAUUAGACCAUGUCGUUGAAGAAGAUGAAGAUGUUGCGGCUGCUGACAUUGUUGACGCUUCCCAAUUACCACCAGGUUAGAGGGAAUAUCGGGCUUUUCGUUUUAGUGAAGAUAUUUCAAAAUAAAAAGAGAUUUAGUCCUUUUUACUCUAUAGAUAAAGAUAAUUUUGUUUAAAAUUCCUAAAUAUUUAAUAAAUGCCAUACUCAUAUUCGAGCAUCAACGAAGGACUUUAUUUAACUCCGUUUCAAUUAGUAGAUUCGUUAGAUGUGCCGCACGAUGCAGCAGAACAUUACCCCCAAAUUUAUGUGCGCAACUUGAAUGCAAAAUCAUUUUAUAAAAACAAUACAAUUAUUUUUCUAAUAUAUUAUAUUUUAACAGUAAUCUACACUUGUCUAUAUGAAAGAAACUGAAAAUAUUUAACACCAGAAAUGCCAAGUUCUGAUGUAGAAAGGCUUGG